ACAUACCAUAUAUUUCAUUAAAAAAAGAAAUUAAUAAAACAAAUGUUUUUCUUUUAAGCCCUAUAUCAUUUUAGUAGCAUAUAAAUUCAGGCAUUUGUUUAUAAAUUUCAGCACAUGAGUCAUCCUACACACUUGGAUGUAGACGACUCAUAUUCCCCAGAUGUGAGAUGUUUCCAUUACUGGCAAAAACACAGGAAAAUCCUGUCUUGCAUGUAAGAAUCUUUGGUGUUACACAGAAAUAUCAAAAGAAGUUAAGAACUGAAAACUGUCAUUGUUUCUGAUAUAUUAUGUAAAUAUCCAUAAUAUUGUAAAUUUCCCUCCCACUUAUUCUAUAAAAUAUUUCUUUGGUCUUUAACCUUAUGGAAAAAGGGUUUUCCUUCUAAAAAAAUUACAUGUUCUUAAAUGUGUUUUGAUAACAUAAUUUAUGCUUGCAAUUUAAAAAAAAAAAUUUGAAUACUUUUGCCAAAACUUCUUGAAAGAGUAACUUUAAUUGAUACCGGUUUUCAGAAAACCAAAACAGAAAACAGAAUAGAAAAUGAAAGUAUGACAAACCUUGAAAUAUUUCAACAUGAGGCAACCAAUAAUAAUUAUUGUAUUUUUGCUGUUAGAAAAUUUGGUCCAAUAGGAAUGUUUGUUGUUAUUGUUAAUAUCUGACCACAUUGUUACCACUUCAAAAUAAAAUAUUCUAAAACAUAGUUUCCUUGUUUGUUUUCAAUGCCUGUUUAAAGUUUAGUUCUUAGUUGUUUUAAAUGAAAAAAAAAAAUUAAGUGCAUUUGAUGGCUAAAUUGUAAGGAUUGCAUCAGGCUUUACACUGUUGCGGGUCAAGUGACGAGUCAAUGAAGAAAAGAGAAGACACAGUGGGCACGUGGUAACACUGUCUAACUUUGAAACCAGAAGUCGUGGGUUCGGUCAUUAAAUAACUAAUCUUAGGAUCAGAGUGUCGUGUACUGGAGCAUUACACCUGUAAUAUUAAAGAACGCCAGGAAACCUUCUGGAAAUGAAAUCUUCUGGAGGAGUCGUGUCGUGUAAAAUUUUGUAUCUUCUCCAGAGAGUGAGACCUUUUCAACAAAUAUUCUAGAUCUUUGCAACAAAUACGGAAAAACAAAAUGUCAAUAUCAGCUAAAGGAGGAAUACACAGAACUGCACGUGAAGGUUUCAAGGAGGGAACAUUUUAUGAACAGUACAGACCAGAGUAUACCGAUGAACUUGUGUCUCAUGUUGUAGAGAAUUUGUACAUAGAAAAUAAUGACGUUCAUUACGAUAUUUUGGAACUUGGAGCGGGUACUGGGAAAUUUACGAGGAAAAUCCUAGAAAGGUUUACAAAUUUACAGAAGUCCCGAUAUCUGGCAUCUGACCCACUUAAAGACUUUUUGUCAGUUCUAAGACAACAAACGCAAGACCUUGGAACCCUUGUGUGCUCGGCAUCCAAUAUCCCGCUGCCGAACAGCUCCGUGCAGAACAUUAUCUGUGCGCAGUGUUUCCACUGGUUCGCCACAGAAGAAAACGUAAAGGAAAUUUCUCGAGUUUUAGUUACUGGAGGGAGACUUAUUUUAGUAUGGCUGACAAGAGAUUUUCAGAUUGGAUGGGUUAGAAAAAUGGAAGACGUGCUUACGUUAUAUUAUGACGGCACUCCACGUAAAAUUCUGGGCGAAUGGGAAAAAUCAUUUGAUGGUUGUCUGUCAUUCAGAUGUAUUGAACACGUGGAAAGUAUAGGGAAUAAUGCUAUGAAGGGUAACAAGAAUUUCAUGUUAAACCAUUUCAUGUCAAUAAGCGUUAUAGUGCGACUGGAUAAAGCAGAAAAACAGAGAGCGGAGAGGAAGUUUCAAGCUGUACUGGAUACAUACUUCACAGACGAGGAAGAUAUUGUUUUACCAUUGAAAUCAGAGUAUUUCUGUGCGGAGAAAAUAUAGCGAUUGGAGAUGUUGUUUUCAGUUAUGGCUUAUUGAACAUAACAAAAUCAGAAAUAAAUUAAGCAAAUUUGCUUUCAAAUCGAUUAAAGAGAACGAUAUUAUAUGAUUUGAGGGAACUUGUUUAUUCCUGUCUUCCUGGAUCUGUUCGGCAAAAGAGGUAAAAAGUGAAUAGAGACUUUUUGUAUAUAGGUGGACUAUGAAAUGUUUCCUUGAUAAAAAAGAAAUAGAAAAAGAUGUUGAUACUCGUCUCCAAAUACGGACAUUGCAAAAUAACACUUUAACAGCAUGCCCUUUUUUCACUUGUUUUCAAUUGUCGUCUGUAUCCAUAUGUACAGAUUUCUUCAAAGUUAUUCAUUUUUCAUAUACUUUCUUCUGAAAUCCUCAUGUGUAAUCAUGAAAUACUAUAUUUAUAAUGUAUAAAAGUUAUUUUGUUUUGAAAUGCUGCAUAUUGACAACUUUUCUUAUGUUAAACCAGGGUCACUCAUUUUUGAAAGACCCUGGUUAAACAGAUGAAUUUACGCUCUUUUCUGAUAGCCUGAAUGGGCAAAAUAUGGUGUUUCAUUGACAGCCGUUUUCGGAAUUAUUUAUAUUACGAUUUGAAGUUUAAAAAGUAUAUACAUGUAGCUGAACAAAGUGCAAAUCAAAUAAUAAUCUAAAUAUCAAGAUUUUGUCAAGAUAUUGACCAUAUGAAAAUUAACACAUGUUUUGUGUAUCAUUUCGCAGUUUAUGCAAGCAGCAUUGUUUGUUAUAUGUGUACUGGUAUUUGAAUUACUGAUGAAUGCCAACGGUGUUCUUGUGGUAGUGUAGUCCAAACAGUUUGGCGUAAAAAUAUAGUAGAAUCUAAGCUGAAAAUAUAUAAAAGUUAAAUAGCAUGAUAUUGGUUACGUGCAGGUCUCGUGCAAAGAAAGCAUGAUAUGGUCUCUAGUGUGAGAUCAUCUUGUGACGUUUGAUGUAUGACAGAUACUGAGGUAGCGAAGUCCAGAGACGGGAAAUAUAGUUGUUAUUUCAUGUUAAGCGCACAUUUCUCUGAUUUUGUUUACAUUUCUUCCUACCACUGCUUUUUCUCAAAUAAAAAUGCAAAAUAUCAAUAAAAAGGAAAAGUC